AUGGAAAGCAAACCCAAGGAAAAAGAUACAAAGGACGACUGCAAGCGACGCGAUCUGUUCGUCUUUGUGAGACAAACCAUGUGCAUAGCGGCCAUGUAUCCUUUUGGAUAUUACGUCCAGGGGUCUGGAUGCCUGGCUCAUCUGGUCCGAGGCCUGGAUCUGAUCUACGAGCUCUUCAACUAUUUCGUAUCCGUGCAUAUAGCUGGUUUGUUCAUUUGUACCAUCUACUUAAACUACGGCCAAGGAGACUUGGACUUCUUCGUCAACUGUUUGAUACAAACCAUCAUUUAUUUGUGGACCAUCGCCAUGAAGCUCUACUUUCGGCGCUUCAUGCCGGGACUGCUAAAUGCCAUUUUGAGCGAUAUUAAUGACAAGUACGAGCCACGUUCGGCUGUCGGAUUUAACUUCGUUACGAUGGCAGAGUCAUAUCGGAUGUCCAGGUUGUGGAUCAAGACCUAUGUGUACUGCUGUUACAUUGGAACCAUUUUCUGGCUGGCCCUUCCCAUAGCCUACAGGGACAAGAGUCUGCCCCUAGCCUGUUGGUAUCCCUUCGACUACACGCAACCAAUUGUCUAUGAGGUUGUGUUCUUCCUCCAGGCGAUGGGUCAGAUCCAAGUGGCGGCCUCCUUUGCCUCCUCGAGUGGCCUGCAUAUGGUGCUCUGUGUCCUUAUCUCGGGCCAAUAUGAUGUGCUCUUCUGCAGUCUCAAGAACGUGUUGGCCACCACUUAUGUGCUGAUGGGAGCCAAUAUGGCAGAACUUAGUCAAUUGCAAGCUGAACAGGCUGUGUCCGAUGCCGAGCCUAGCCAAUACGCCUACUCCCUGGAGGAGAAGACUCCUCUGCAGGAACUGCUUCAACCCUCAGCAGAAAGACAUCGAGAUUUUGUCGGUGCAUUUAAGCAGUCCUUCAAGCAGUGCAUUCGCCACCACCGUUAUAUAGUGGAGGCUCUGAAGAAAAUGGAGCGUUUCUACAGUCCCAUAUGGUUUGUGAAGAUCGGCGAGGUCACCUUUCUCAUGUGCCUGGUGGCUUUUGUUUCGACCAAGAGCACCACGGCCAACUCCUUCAUGCGGAUGGUCUCCCUGGGCCAGUACUUGCUCCUGGUGCUCUACGAGCUCUUCAUCAUCUGCUACUUCGCAGACAUCGUGUUCCAGAAUAGUCAACGGUGUGGUGAGGCCUUGUGGAGGAGUCCUUGGCAGCGACACCUAAAAGACGUUCGCAGCGAUUACCUCUUUUUCAUUCUGAACUCCCGUAGACAGUUCCAACUCACUGCCGGAAAGAUAACCCAUCUAAACGUGGAACGAUUCAGGGGGACUAUUACUACUGCCUUUUCGUUCCUGACUUUACUGCAAAAGAUGGAUUCACGAGGCUAGAAAAUAGGUUUUAUUUGAUCUGUACAAGAAUUAAAGGACAAACAUUUCAAAAACUAAACAAUUUUUGUGCUUUUUAUACUUAUGCAUUUAAUUGUUCUUUAUUUGCUUUCUAUCCAUUAUUGGUUUCAACUUUGGCAAAUACACUUUUGUUACGAAAUCGAAAUUUUGAGUUCACAAUGUUAAGAAUUGGUAAUAAAAAAAGCCAACAGUGGAAUAUAUAUGGUCACUAAUGCUGCAAGUGACUUUUUUAAAUCGGAUGUCUUAUCAAUUGAUUAAUUAGUUAUUCAA